UAUCAGCGGCCGGCGGGGGGCUCGCCCCACUCCCGCCCAGCGCAGCCGCCGCGGCGGGGCCGGCACCUCCCGAAGUGCCGCACCAUGGGCAGCCAGGGCUCCAAGGCGGCGGGCGGAGACCCCGACACCGCCAAGGCCAACGGGCAGGAGAACGGCCAUGUGAUCUACAACGGGGACACGACGCCCAAAGCGGGGGUCGAGGUGGCCCCCCAGAACGGGAACGGCUCGGCGGAACCCCCCAGGGAGGAGAGCGAGGGCGAAGCGGGCGGUGCGGACAGCAUCGAGCCCGCCCCGGCCGCCGCCGACAGCGGAGACCCCAAAAGCGAAGGGGCCGCGGCCGCUAAGGACGCCCCGAAGAAGAAGAAGAAGUUCUCGUUCAAGAAAUCCUUCAAGCUGAGCGGGAUCUCCUUUCGCAAGAACAAGAAAGAAGCCGGGGACUCCUCCGGCUCCUCGCCCAGCGAGGAGCAGGGCAGGAGCGAGGAGACCCCGCCGGGGGGGCUGCAGCCCUCGGCUCCCCCCGAGGAGGGAGCGGCGGAGGAGCCGAGCGGCGCCGGGGCUGAGCCCGGGGAUGGAGGAGAAGCCGCGGGGAGCCAGGAGGAGCAGCAGCAGGAGGAGGAGGAGAAACAGCAGCAGGGAGGGGAGAGCCAGGGAGACACAGCCAAACCCGAGGAAGCCUCGAAAGCCGCGGAGCCCACAACGAGCCCGGAGCAGAAGGAAGAGUAGAGGCCGCUCGGGCACCGUCCCCACCGGGGGGUGUCGCACCGCGCCCCCCGCCCCUCCCAGCCCUGCCCCGGUCGCCACGGACUCGCCCCGAUCGCCACGGACUCGCCCGCACCGCCCCGGCCCCCCAGGACUGACUGCACGCCCCGCACCCCCCCAGCCCCGCAGGCAUCGCUCGCCCCCAGCCCGCUAAAAAAGCUGGUUUGGAUUCCCACCGCCGCCACUUGGAGCAGUCUGAGCUGAAUUCCUUGGGAAAAAAAAAAUAAAAAAAUAAAAAUAACAGCAACGACAAUAAAUGAAAUAAAACUGGGGAGGAAGAUUUGUCCCGGACAUCACUGGAGUUUACAGUUUGUAAGAACCCGGAUCCCAAAUCCUGCUCUGGAUCUCUCCAACCUCCAGACUCUCCUCCCCGUCCCACUGACUGUUCAAUGGAAUUUUUGAUUUUUUUUUUUCCUCGGGUUUUGUUUGUUUUUUUGUUUUUUUUUUCUUUAUUUCUCAGUUUACAUUCCUGGUUCUGACUUUUCAUUUCAAGUAUUUCGUGCUUUUUAUAUAGAAAUCGAUGGUUUAAAAAGCUAAUCUGGUUAGUUUUUUAUAAUGUCUUCUAUUGGCUUAAAACCAUAAAGCUUGUAAGUCCGCUGUGUUUAAUUCUGCUUUAAGGGAUAACUUUUAGGGUGUGGGGUGGAGAGAGGGGGCCCUACCAGCUGUAUAAUGUGAAGCCAACCUUGUUUUGUUUUUUUCUUUUUUUUUUCUCUCUCUGUAAAUAAUUUUUUAAUGGCCAAAAAGAAACCAAAAAAAAAAAAAAAAAAAACACUUGGAUCGCAAUUUUCUAACUUGUAAAAAAAAAAAAAAAAAACCCCAAACCCAAGCAAACCACCCAACAAAAGCUGUAACAUUUGAAAGGAAUAAAUGGUGAGCCCUUUAUGGGAGAGCUGAGUAA